AUGCUCAAAUCGGAACAGAAUCUCACAUCGUUAUCAGAUGCAACACCGAACAACGAAGAACUGAUAAAUAACACCAAAAUAUGCAAAAAAUUUAUUGAAAAAGUGGUCGAAUUUUCGGAAACACUGGCAACUACACCGACGUUGUUGAAUGAUGCAUUCGAUGAAACUAUAGUUUUUCUGCAAGAUCCUGCUGUAAUCGAAAUUCGAUGUAAGAAUGGUAUAAAAACAAAACAAAAGACGAAAAUAGUCCCUCAGCAAUUGUCAUUCACAACAACGAGUAGUACUAAUAAAUUCUUUCGCACUAACCAGCGAAGACUUAUACCAUUGACAGUAGUUUCAAAAGAAGCGGAACAAUAUGCGCAUACAUUCGGUUUUCCCCCGAUUCGAAUAAUACCAUCCAACAAUAAUAACAGUCGCCAGAAUGUUCGAUUAAAUGGAGAUACUGUUACAGCAUUCUUGAAUCAAUCGAAAAUAAAUGAAAAAGUUUCAUUUCGUGUAUCACGUUGGAGAAUUAGUAGUGGAAACUUGUUGUUGUACGCCAGCGAUCGAGAUUCAUUUGCUUGUUUAUUUCACGAAAAAGUCUAUCUUCAUUUAAUCGGUACCUGUUAUUAUCAUAUAGAACUUCCCAAAAGAUUACCAGCACAAAUGUCGCUACUGAUAUUGGGUGUACCGUCAUACCCGAAUGCAAAUGAUAUUUGUACGGAUGUUCAGUACUAUUACCCGUCAGUGAACAAUGUGCAUUAUCAACCUGCGUACAGAUGA